AUGGGGCUGUUUUCGUGGUUUUGGGACAUGCUGUCCUUCCUUGGCUUCACAAAUAAGACAGGCAAAAUUUUGUUUCUUGGGCUUGAUAAUGCCGGGAAGACGACACUACUUGGAAAGCUUGCUACUGACCAGGUGCAUGUUCACAGGCCCACCUUCCACCCAAACGUCGAGGAACUUACCCUCGGUGGAAUUAAGCUCAAGACUAUUGAUAUGGGUGGCCAUCUGGAAGCGCGUCGCCUAUGGAAGGAUUACUUCACUAAAGUGGACGGUGUCGUUUUCAUUGUGGAUGCUGCCAACCCUGAGCGCUUCCAAGAGGCGAAGCAAGAACUUGACAUGCUUUUGCAAACAGAAGAGCUUGCCAAGACGCCGUUUAUUAUUCUUGGAAACAAAAUCGAUUUACCACGUGCUGUAUCAGAGGAUCACCUUAUUACAGCCAUGGGGUUAACAGGACUUUCCACCGGUAAGCAAAACAAGGUGACUGACCCUGCUGUGAGACCCCUUGAAGUGUUUAUGUGCAGUGUUGUCAAGAAAGUUGGUUAUGGUGAUGCCUUCAGAUGGAUAUCACAGUACCUUCAAAAUUCUUAG